GCAGUGUCAACCUAUACUUGUCGCGCGCUCUGCCUUGUUUGUAUCUGGCACUCUUCUGUAUCAAAGGUGCAGCAUGAAUUGGAGAAAGGGACCCGAGAGGCUGUCAACAUCUAUCAUAGCCACGAGGCUUCGGCCAGCCGUAUCUCCAACGUCGUCGCCUUAAUUUGCUGAGACCUCCAUCGUUCCCGCGCGUACCCAUUUGCCUACUCACGUCUCUUUGGCCUACGGCAUUCCAAGGGUGAUUCAGCGCGCCAUGGACCAAAUGCAGACACAGACGGAGGAGCAGUAUACACUCAAUUACUGCGCUAUGGCAGGUGCUGCUUUGCUUCUGUAUGAUUAUGUGAUUACGUUGGGCCAGGAGAGUCGCUACAUUUGGACGGACGUACGUGUGGGCUACGUUGCGAUCUUUCUGGUCAACCGAAUCAACAUGCUUGGCAUGGCUCUCGCUUGGAUAAUCGGUAUGUGCUCUUGGGACAAUCUCAUGGUACGUUACCUGUAUACAUCUGUUCGACUGUCUACUAUUGCUCAUACGCAUAGAGGUAAUGCGGGAGUCGUCAUUGCUUUGCUAGAUUCACUGAUUGGUUUUUCAUGAAGUUGCGAGAGAAUCCAGAUUCUUCAGGACCUCGUGUCUAUCAGCACUCUUCUUGUGUGGACCGCUACUUCCACGCU